GAUAGCUGUUUGAAAAAUGGGUCAAAAUCAAUCUGGUCCUGGAGGAGGAGCUGGGGGAGAUAAGAAAGACGACAAGGACAAGAAGAAGUACGAACCCCCCGUGCCCACUAGAAUCGGAAAGAGGAAAAAGAGGGGCAAGGGACCGGAUGCAGCCAACAAACUGCCCGCUGUCACCCCUCACACAAAGUGCAGGUUGCGUCUUCUGAAGAUGGAGAGAAUUAAGGACUACCUGCUGAUGGAGGAAGAGUUCAUCAGAAAUCAAGAGCGACUCAAGCCCCAGGAGGAGAAACAGGAAGAGGAGAGGUCAAAGGUUGACGACCUCAGAGGGACCCCAAUGAGUGUGGGCAAUCUGGAAGAGAUUAUUGACGAGAACCACGCAAUAGUGUCAACCUCAGUAGGAUCUGAACAUUACGUCAACAUGCUUUCCUUUGUAGACAAAGACCAGCUUGAACCCGGCUCAACUGUGCUCCUCAACCACAAGGUUCACGCAGUUGUUGGAAUCCUUGGAGAAGAUACCGAUCCAAUGGUAAGUGUUAUGAAAUUGGAAAAAGCACCUCAAGAAACCUACGCAGAUAUCGGUGGUCUCGAAACACAGAUCCAAGAAAUUAAAGAAUCGGUUGAGCUCCCCCUGACUCAUCCAGAAUAUUACGAGGAAAUGGGAAUUAAGCCGCCGAAAGGUGUCAUUCUCUACGGGUGUCCGGGAACUGGCAAGACGUUAUUGGCAAAAGCAGUGGCUAACCAGACGUCGGCGACAUUCCUAAGAGUUGUGGGAUCGGAGUUGAUCCAGAAGUACCUCGGCGACGGGCCCAAAUUGGUCCGUGAGCUGUUUCGUGUUGCGGAAGAACACGCACCGAGUAUAGUUUUCAUAGACGAGAUUGAUGCAAUUGGCACAAAAAGGUACGACAGUAACUCAGGAGGCGAGCGCGAGAUUCAGAGGACUAUGUUGGAACUGCUGAAUCAGCUCGAUGGGUUCGAUUCCAAGUCGGAUGUUAAGGUUAUUAUGGCCACCAACAGAAUUGAGACCCUCGAUCCCGCACUGAUAAGGCCUGGAAGAAUCGACCGGAAGAUUGAGUUUCCACUACCAGACGAGAAAACGAAACGACGAAUCUUCAACAUCCAUACCAGUCGUAUGACCUUGGCAGAAGACGUGAACCUGGAUGAACUUAUCCAGGUGAAGGAUGACCUCUCGGGUGCGGACAUCAAAGCAAUCUGCACCGAAGCGGGUCUUUUAGCGCUUCGUGAACGGAGAAUGAAAGUAACUAACGAAGACUUCAAAAAGAGCAAAGAAAAUGUACUUUACAGAAAGACUGAAGGUACUCCCGAGGGCUUGUAUUUAUAAAUAGUUUUUUGAAAAGUGCUGAACCGAUUAAAUGGAUGUUGAAAUGAAUUGAGGGCGAGACUUUCUUGGUGUAUAAAAAAAUUUGUGACUUCAGUUGUAAGUUGUUUGAUAAGUAUGUGCUUGUCUAGCAAUUCUUGAAAAUGUGGCAAAUUUAAAUAACUUAAAAAUUU